UUGACCUUAAGAGAAUCAAACUCGUAUACCAAAUUAUUUCACUAAAUUAAAAAAUCCGAGUUACAAACAUAUCAUCCUGUACAAAAUGUGGCAAGUUAGAAGUGUUGGUUGCACCAUAACAAGAUCAAGGUUCUUUGUUUGUGUUUGGCUCUGUUUGAUCAUGGUAGAUGACAUUUGUUUGUCCAAUGAAAUUAACAAACUUUUACGAGGGCAAUCUCUUUCCCCAGACCAGUUUAUAGUAUCUAACAACGGCAUAUUUCAGUUGGGAUUCUUCGCAACUAAUAAGCCUGCUCCAAACUUGUAUCUGGGAGUAUGGUACAAAGGCUUUGCAAACCGAACAACUGUUUGGGUAGCAAAUAGAGAGAAACCUUUGUUAGAAUCACUUUCUUCAAAGCUUGAAAUUUCGGAUGAUGGGAACAUAGUCCUGCUUGAUGAGUCUACUUCGAUUGUGCUGACAGAAGUCACAGAAAAAUCAUUUCUGCCAAAUUCUGUGGAAGCAGUACUUCUUGAUGAUGGGAAUUUUGUGCUGAGAGAAAGUUCUAAACCUUCUGUUAUAUACUGGCAGAGUUUUGGUCAUCCGACAGAUACCUGGCUUCCAGGUGCAAAACUGCGAACUGAUAGUCUUUUAACUUCUUGGAAAAACUCUGAGGAUCCGUCUUCUGGUUUAUUUUCAGUUCGUAUAGAUGUGAGUAAAGAUAAGGAAUAUUCAUUGAUCAUGGAGUGGAACAAGUCGACAAGGUUUUCGAGUAGUGGAAUAUGGAAAAAUAAAAUUUUUAGCUUGAUUCCUGAGCUAAAUUACAUAUCUGAUUUCAGAUUUGUUUCUGGAGAGAAUGAAACUUAUUUCUCUUAUUCUAUAUACAACCCAAAAACAAUUUCAAGACUUGUCAUAGAUGUUUCAGGACAGUUAAAGCAGUUCAAUUCUUUCCGUGAAAAUCCGUUGUGGAGUACAACUUUGGUUGAGGAGCCCCCAGAGGCUUAUGCUAUCUGUGGUCCAUAUGGCAUCUUAAAUUUAUCAGCCUCUUGUGAAUGUUUGCCAGGAUUUCAGCAACCUCUUUCACCAGGAUUAGAUGAUUUUCGCGAUGGUUGCACGAGGGAAAAGCCAUUGAAAUGUGAGAAUAGUAGUUCUAACGGGAAAAAAGAUGAGUUCAAGCGAAUACCUAAUGUCAAUGUUUACUCUAAUUCAGUACUACAUCCAGCUCAGAGCAUGAAGAAUUGUGAAAUAGCUUGCACCAAAAGCUGCUCCUGCAUAGCUUAUAUGUAUCAUAACAGUAAGUGCCUAGUAUGGGAGAAUAUUUUACUGAACUUGACUCAGGUUUCAGACGGUCACAACAAUAGAUAUGACCUCUACGUCAAGCUGGCUGCUUCUGAGAAAGCCAAUGGAGGGAAGAGUAUAGUAGCUUGGAUUGUAUCAGCAACAGUGGCCUCAUUGGUGGCACUGGUAUCAGGUGGCUGUCUUUGCCGUUUCUGGAUAUGCAAAGGCCAAGAUACAGGAAAGGAGGACUUGAGGAAGGACCUGCAAUAUUAUGAUUUUAGUUCAAGCAGUAAUGCAACUGAUGAGAAAAGAAACAAAAAUAAAUUGACAAUAGCAGGAAAGCGAGAUGAUGAGCUGCCAUUGUUUAGUUUCAAAAGUGUCUCGGCUGCAACAGAAAACUUUUCUGUAGAAAACAAGCUCGGACAAGGAGGAUUUGGUCCUGUAUACAAGGGAAAAACAAUAGCUGGCCAAGAAAUAGCAAUUAAGAGGCUUUCAAGAAGAUCAGGACAAGGAUUGGAGGAAUUCAGAAAUGAGAUUGCAUUGAUUUCCAAACUGCAGCAUCUAAAUUUGGUGAAACUCUUGGGCUACUGCAUAGAAGAAGAUGAAAACAUAUUGAUCUAUGAGUAUAUGCCUAAUAAGAGCUUGGAUUUCUUUCUAUUUGAUUCAAGCAAGCAACAUCUAUUAGUUUGGGAGGCACGCAUUCAGAUAAUUGAAGGGAUAGCACAGGGGCUCCUUUAUUUACACCAGUACUCAAGAGUGCGAAUUAUUCAUAGAGAUCUGAAGGCCAGUAACAUUUUGUUAGAUGGUGAAAUGAAUCCCAAGAUUUCAGACUUUGGCAUGGCACGAAUAUUUGGUGGGAACGAUUCAAGGGCAAACACAAUGCGGAUUGUUGGAACUUUUGGGUAUAUGGCUCCUGAAUAUGCACUGGAAGGCCAUUAUUCAAUAAAGUCUGACGUGUUUAGUUUUGGAGUGUUGCUGCUUGAGAUUAUUAGUGGCAAGAAGAACACUGGAUUCUAUAAUUCUGACUCUCUCAACUUACUUGGUCAUGCAUGGAAGUUGUGGAAUGAUGAUAGAGCAGUGGAGUUGAUGGAUCCAGCACUCGGCUCACCUUCUUCCGUUUAUACAUUGAUGAGAUACAUAAACAUAGGACUUCUAUGUGUUCAAGGAAAACCAGCUGAUAGACCUUCUAUGUCCAAAAUUAUUCCCAUGCUUAAUAGUGACCUUAUACCACUUCCAGCACCAACUGAACCUGCCUUUACUACUAACCAUACUGUAAAACCAGAAGUUUUAUUGAGCGGUGGUGAAAAUUGUACACUUAAUGGCCUUACAGUGUCAAGGAUUGAACCUAGAUAGCUUGAUUAGAGAGCAUCAGUUCUAGCUCCUUGACAGUAAUAUUUGUAUAGAAGAUAUAGCGGCACACAGAGGUAUUACACUUGUGAUCAGCAUUUCGCUCUGCACCUACAGUUGGUUCAGUAUUCA